AUGGAGAGAAGUACAUUUCUUGAACCUGAAUCGGUAAAGGAGGAACUGAUAGCGUCUUACUACGCAUAUAUUAUUGAGCAUGUGUCCUGUACUGAGGCGGAUACCUUUACUCUGAGUUCUAUGACCGGCGAACGCCUCACCAAAGUCAAGACCUUCAGCGACUGGUGCUGCCUCUGCAUCAUAGAGUUUCAAACGAACAAGUCAAGGAAAUUUCUGCCCCCCAGCGACUUUUGGUACCCGGGUUAUUAUACGAGCCCCAAUGCUGUUCCCUUACCUGAUGUCAUCUGA